GAAUUACGCUCUAGCAAUAGAAUCAGCAAACGUAAACAGGAACACCAGGGGGAACGUUCCAUAGAAGUAACCCAUAUGCAGGUUAAUUGUGCCCGUAAAGCGGUUCGAUCUCAUUUCGCCGCGCUUUUUUUUUUCUCGCUGCGGCCCCUAGGCUUUGGAAUCAUGCCAGCGCAGACUGCAUACACGUGAUAUCACCUCGUCCAGCUGUAGGGCUUUCCUCCCCACGCAGCGAUUAUUCCGCGCUGCUCCCGCUUCCUGUCAGCGUCCAGUGCGGGCUUCGAGCAGCCGGCCUCUGAGCGGGAAAGUUGCGCACGCAAAAAUGUACGUGCGGGUGUCUCUCGUGUUCGCCGUCGGCGUGGAUUUAUCGCAUGUCUCGACUACACCAAGACCUGAAGAAGCAACGGGCAUUGCUGUUCUGGAAGACGGAGCAUCUCCGGUCGUACAGAUUCACGCCGGGAAAUUACGCGGUGCGAAGCGCGUAGUUUUAGGCGAGAAGUUCGCGUAUGCCUUCACUGGAGUGCCAUACUGCGAAACCACCGGUCGGGCGAGCUGCGCUAUCGAAUACCGGAGUCCGUCGGAACCAUGGGUCGAGGAAGUGAGGGAUGCUACGGUGACGCCCCCCUCGUGCAUGCAGGGCAACGUGUUUUCGCCGAGAAACCUGUUGUGGCUGCCAUACGGUGACAAAAAAGCUGAGGACUGCCUUUACUUGAACGUAUGGACACCGAGGCUGAACACGUCAGCAGGGCUCCCAGUGAUGGCCUGGAUUCACGGAGGUGGCUUCCAAGAAGGAUCUGCCGCAAUACCUCUCGAUGACGGAACUUAUUUGGCUGCUUUCGGAAACGUUGUGGGUACCAUCGCAUACAGGUUGCAGUCAUUCGGUUUCCUGUAUGAUGAAACAUCGGCCCCCGGAAACAUGGGCUUGCACGACCAGCAGCUGGCACUGAAAUGGAUCCAGGAAAACAUUGCCGCAUUUGGCGGUAACCCUGGUGAAGUCACGCUGUUUGGAUGGAGCGCCGGUGGCAUUUCGACAGGAUUUCAUCUUAUUUCUCCCGGAAGCCAGACUCUUUUUAAGCGGGCCAUUGUUCAAAGUGCAGCCGUGACGAAGAAAGGACGUGCCAGAGACAAGACAGAAAUGCUCGAAUACUCCCGAAAGUUUGCUGCUAACUUCGGUUGCUAUGGUGGUGACUCGACUGCCAAUGCUUCUCAGAACAUUGCCGCUUGCAUGAGAAGAGUAAACGCCUCUCUAAUUGUGGCAGUAGAAGCAACGUUCGUGGGAUCGGGAAGUGGAAAGUUUGAGCCAAUCUAUGGAGAUGAGUUCUUGCCCAUAGAGCCUCGCGUGGCCGACUUCCCAGGUGACAAGGACGUUAUGAUUGGUCAGACAGCCAAUGAAGGAAGCAACAUUCUCUACACCACGUUCAGGGACACGUUUUCUGAGGCACUGCCUCCCAGAAUCAACAAGGCAGAAAUGAUACAUUUCCUGGGCAGUUUGUACAAACUGUCUCUGCCAGACACAGAAAAGCUCCAGAAAGAAUACAUGGGUGAGAUUGGGGAUUACGAUUACGACGCUCUUCGGCAGGCCCUGGCGGAAACCAAGGGAGAUACUCAUGUGAAGUGCGGAGCCAUCAACACGGCGUGCAAGUUGGCCAACGCAACAGCGAACGCACAGUCAGGAAAAGAAGUUCACUUUUAUGAGCUUAACUACGUGUCAGCUUGCGUCAAGAAGCAGCCAUGGUUCGGAAUGACCCAUGGCGAUGAGCUUCCAUUGGUAUUUGGCAGAGUGUUCGAAAGGCAAGGUGGAUGUGCCGGUGAUAUGGACUACAGUAGAAAUAUCAUGAAGCUCUGGAGUGAUUUUGCCAAAGGAAGGCCACGUGGAUUCCAAGGCAAGGAGUGGCCAAAGUUCACAGCUGAUUCAAGGUCAUUCAUGAAGCUGACAGCAACGGGAUCAGAAGUGUCUACCUUCAACAAUGAGCCACGAUGCAAGAUACUCAAAGAACUGAAACUAUACUGAAUAAGUGUGCGUGUGUAGAAUAUUUUGUGCAAUCUGCUUUGAAACAAUUUUAGCACAUUAAAAUAUACAUCCUGACUUAACUCCAGCAGUUACCUAUUCACAAACUCAGCAAAAUUACAUUAAGAAGAAGUAAUAUUUAGCAUUGUAUUUACCUAAUUUUUAACAUGAGUCUAAAUGAUGCAGGCAAUUUGUACACGUCGAGAAACAGGCCCCUCUAACAUUGUACGAAACUAUAGUUGAAAUACAGCUGACACAGAUUCAUAAUUGGCCGUAAAAGUUGUCCAUCCAUCCCCCACAUCAAAAUACAAGCUUGUAAGGAGCGAAAUAAAUAUUCAUUGUAAGCGAACUAAGUAUUCAUUGCCUGGGUCUCGUAAAAUAUGUAAAUUGAAGGACAUUUCUCAGAUGUAUAUUGAGAACUAAGAGACAAUCAAGCCAAAUACAUUGUAAGUGGUGCAUUGUACAAAUACUGGGAUAAAUGUGAAUAAAUUACCGUAGCAGAAAAGAUAACUUGCCAAUGGCUGGUAUGCUGUUGGGAAACGCUGCGCAAUGUAAUAUUUGGAAAAAUGAAACAUAAUAUAUUGAACGAACUGCGCCUAAAUUUUGUUAACAGGGUGCUGAAUUUCACCUUUUCAACGCACACUUUUAAUUUUACUGUUCAGAUGACGUUGAAUCAUCGUAUACAGGGGCGAUCUUCAGUAUUGCAUAACGAAAGCAACGCGUGGGUUUUUUGACUGGCCCAAGGCAAAAUUACAUCUGUUUGCGUGCAAAAUAAGACAUGAAAACUGAUAUGCAACUGAUUAAAGCUCUUUUUUGUAUCUGG